AUGUCGAUCAACAACGACUUCCUGUUCGGGUCUGUCGCGGCGCCAGACGUGUCGCCCAAGCUUAAGAAGUCGAGGAAGUCGAGGUCUGACGGAGGGAGCGUCCACGAGGUGGACGGCCGGGGCUCGCAGCACCAGCCCCAGCCCGACGGGCGCAAGUGCAUCGGUUGCAACUUGAGAGACUCCGACGAGGAUCCAGUGGAUGGGCCGGGCUCGUUCGCGCGUUGGGCGUACCCUCCCGUUUGUGGGAAGACACAGGGCGGAAAGUGUUGGUAUUGUAACAGGUCAUGGUUCACUGGUUUCCGCCACGCCCCCGAGACGGGCAGCUUCGAGAAAUUGAUGACCGUCUGCGGCACCGACGACGCCGUCCUCCAGAAGUUCAAUAACGUUCGGUCUUUGAUUUUGGACAAGUGCGUGAAACAAGGGAGCAGGCACAUCCAUGUGCGCGCUAACGAGGUGAAGGCCGUCGUGACCACCGUCGAGCGCACCAUGGUCUCCCUCGAGGAUGACGACGACGUCGUGGAGCUGGAGUACUACAAGAACGAGUACCACGGCGGCAUGGGGGACCCCGUCACGAACGGCAAGGGGCACACUAUCUUGAUGAUCCAGGGGGUCAUGCACGUCAGAGUCCCAGGGCCGCCUGUGAAGAAGUUGAAGCGGUGCCAGCAGAGCAUCGUGGACGUCACGAGGAUGGCCGACGACGGCAGCCUCGCGCUCUCCGACACCCACGCGGCUGAUGUCGCCCAGCAGCUCUCGACGAACAUUGGGGCGCACACAGACGGGGCUGGCGAGCGCGUCAGGGCCCCGCCCGCCAUGGACGCCGUCGCCGAUGCUAGGACGCCGAAGCGGCCCACCCAGGCUGCCUCGCAGCCCUCGCCCUCGCCGCCGAGUUCGAGCUCUGCGACCGGCGCGCGCCCCAUGACCAGCCCGCCCCAGGUCUUGGGCACGCAGGUGGUCGUCCCCGCGCUGCCAGGAGCGGCGGCUUCGCCGUCGGAGGUGCAGGCCGAGGAUGCGUCGGCGAAGCGGGCCCGGCCCCCGGCGUCGGCCGCCAGGCCCGCCGCCAAGCCCAGGGCGGCCGCGGCCAAGGCCAGCGCUGCGCCCGCCCCAUCCGGAGCGGGCGGCGGCGCAGGUGGCAAGGCGGGCAGGAAGAGGCGGAACUUGGUCUCGGAGACGGAGAAGGUGGCCAGUCAGUUCCAGCAAGCCGCUGCGGACGACAAGACGUUCUUUGGCCUCGGCCACGCGGGCAUGGUCGCCUGGCUCAAGCGGUUGUGCAAGGACUACGCGGAGAGGAUCCCAACGAUCCAGGAGUACGACUCGCACAUCUUGGGACAGAAGAUUGCCAAAUCCAUCCUGUCCAUCUGCACGGCGCGGAAGAAGCAUGGCCUGGAUUCGUCGGGUUUCGCCGGCGCCAUCAAGGACGCGAUCCAUUUCCUUGAGGUGCUGCCUGCAGCGAGGACCGACUUCUUGCCUGACUUCAUCCGCAUGUCGGAAAAGAAGUUCGCUGCGUCGGCAUGCCCCGCCGAUUCAACGUUCUGGCCAAUGUUGUCGCGCGACAGCGUUGGCAUGACAGAGGCGGCCCCAGCCGCCUGGGAGCAGUUUAUCUCGGAGAUGAUUCUUGACAAGCUGAUUGACUGUCUGGAGCUGAAGGACGGCUUUGAGCCGCAGAUCGCCAAACUCUUCGAGUGCCCGGACGCGCUCGACAAGGCCGACCUGACCGGGGACGUCCAGGAGCAGGUGAAAGCUCUCGAGAUGCUGGUGAAAGGUGCGACGUCCCCAGUGGAGACCCUGCACGCCUGGUCGCGGGCCGACCUUGUCUCGGCGAUGGCGAUUGUGAACGACAAGCAGAAGAAGAUCGCGAACUGCCCCUCGCUGUACGCCCCGGGCCGCAAGCUCGUCCAGCGCAUGACCUUGAGGGUCGAGAGCUUGGUGCAGAGCGAUGCGAAGAUCGAGACGUUCAUUGCCGCGGUGCGCGCGCUUGUGGGAUCGCUCCCGGAGCGUUGCAGCGACUUGCCCAAUGUGGCGUCGGCCCUGAAGGUUAACCUGGAUUCAGUCAUUGACGAGCUGCGUCGCCUGGGCCAGGCGGACAUCAAGCGGGCCGAUCAGAUGUUCACGGAGGCGGCGGGCAGCAUGAUCAAGCACGUCUUCGUCUUGUACGAGAGGUUCUUCGAGUGGGGGCAUUGGCUGUGCAAGUCUGCGGCGGAGAACGCUGCCGAGCCGUGGCCCGAGAGCAUCGCGAGGAGCGCCCUCGCCGACCUCGAGGGUCCGUUGGCGGCCAUCCCCCACGCCGCGCAGUUCAAGGCGUUGUGCAGCAAGUUGGAUAUCACCACGCGCGUGACCUGGGAGCAGAUCGACGGGGCUCGCGUGCAGAUGUCGACCCUGCUGUCGCAGAUGCCCGAUGCGCUGAAGGUGUUGGCCCAGAUCAAGAAUGAUACGUCGAGCGUCACCAGGGAGGAUGCCUCGCUGUUCCCGCGGCUCUUCUACAACUUCGAGAUGAAGUUCGGCUGGGUGAAGAUGAUAUGUGAGCCCGGCGCCGAUGCGCAGGUUCUGGCACGCUGCUCGGAGGCGUUUGCCAAGGCUCUGGAGGCCGCGUACUACGAGGGGCACGUCGCCGAGAAGGUCGCCAAGUGCAUCGCUGAGGACCCGAUCGUGAAGAGCGCCCUGGACGAGAUCUGGGAUGGCAUCCCAGCGGAGUUCCUGAGCAACACCGUGCCUGCUCAAGUGCGCCCUCUCUGCAAGGACGUGGUGGCGACGGCCAACCUCAUCGGCAGCAUCGGCGACACGAAGCUCGCGCAGCAGUUCCAGGUCCUACAGGACUGCCACGUUUGCGCUUCCACCCGGGCGAACAUGAAGGCGAGGCGCGGGGCCCAGGGGCCGACGUUCUCGAGCGAGGACUCGGAGGCGUUCGUGGCGGCCCGCUCCACGCUCGCUUCGGCGCGCACCAGCUUGGCGAGGCCCUCCUUGGCCAGGUGCUUCAACGGCGUCGAGGGCGGCACCCCCGCGGACGCCGUCCACCUCCCGAGGUUCGACGGCUGCGUGGACCCAGUCGACCUCUCCAACGCCUGCAUCAACGCCCUGGAGAGCGAGCUCGGCAUCUGGGCGGAGAAGUGGAGGGCGUCCGCGCAGAAGCUCCUGGAGGACGUGGAGGGCGCGUGCCCGCGCGGCUGGCAGGUCUACAAGGACCAGGGCUGGGCCCUCCACAUCCUAGAGACCCUGAUGGAUGACGUGAACGAGAACGUUCGCCAGAGCCUCUUGGGCAGCGCCAAGUUCCAGGAUCUCAGCGGCCACUCGCAGAUGCUGUGUGAGUGGCAGAAGACAAUGAAGAUCGUGAGCUCCAGAUCUGGCGGAUCGGCGACGUUCGAUCCGAAUUUCAUGAAGAUGGUGAAGAGCACGCUGGCCUUAGGCGUCGACACCGUCACGACGACCUUCGCCCUCUUCAAGCUGACCGGCGAGAUCAGCGAGAUGAGGAGCCGCGUGGAGCGCAAGAAGGCGAUCCGCGCGUUGCGGGAGGCC